AUGGCCAGCAUCCAAGCCAAGACUAUCCCGGCCCCAGGUCAACUACCUAAUGUCAAUUCAGAUGCACAGCGCGUCUUCCAGGCUCUUCAGGCCGGUGGGGUUGCGAUCGUUCCCUCAGAGUUCGGGUACGGCCUUGCUUCUUCAUCGUCUGAAGCUGUUGGGAAGGCUUUUGCAACUAAAAAACGUCAAGCCGGCCAUGCGCAAGCAUUAAUCGGCCCAUAUGAACUCCAUCGUGAACUACACAUCCUCGAUGAGUGGAAAUUUGAAAUGACACAUGUUCUGACCCAAGACUUGGGUAUACCACUGGGAAUAGUAGCACCAUAUCGAAACAACCAUCCGAUGGUGCAAAACUUUACGCCAGACACGAUCGCGAACAUCACCAAAAAUGACACUAUUUGCAUCUUCGUCGGCGGUGGGCCCCUGACACAAGAGAUUGCCCGGCUACACUUCACAGCAGGCCAGGCGAUGGUUGGGUCUAGUGCCAAUAUAACCGGGAGUGGACAGAAACAUUGUGUGGAGGACAUUGAACAUGAGAUCAAGGAGGCCGCAGAUUUGAUUGUGGAUUAUGGUCUGCAACGCUGCCAUGAUUUUGGGCGGCCGUCUACCUUGGUGGACUUUGCUAACAUGAAAGUGCUGCGAAUGGGCUCAUACUAUGAGACAUUUCGUGAGCGAAUGCAGAGAUUUUGGGGGAUUAGUUUGCCAGAGGGAGUAGUGUAA